GCCUCGCCCCCUCCGCCCCGCCCCAGCCCGGCAGCUCUUUAGGGGCCGGGGGUUGUCAGAGGUGGGGCUGUCCUACGGCAUCGGCGGCUCCGCCCGACCUCACCUCCUCUCCCGCCUGCCUUUCCAGGGGCUCCUGUGCGCACUCUCUCCCUCCUUUCCCGUCCCCUCCUGCUUCCUCCUCCUUUUCCCUCCUGUCACCUCAGCUCCGUGCUGGCGCCGCGUCUCGCCGGCCAUGGCGAGCAAGGACGUGCUGGAGGACACGGUGGAGGAGCGUGUCAUCAAUGAGGAGUACAAGAUCUGGAAGAAAAACACCCCCUUCUUGUACGACCUGGUGAUGACACACGCCCUGGAGUGGCCCAGCCUCACGGUGCAGUGGCUGCCUGAUGUGACCAGGCCAGAAGGAAAGGAGUAUGCUCUACACUGGCUGGUUUUGGGAACACACACGGCUGAUGAACAGAACCACCUGGUUGUUGCCAAAGUCCAGAUUCCCAACGAUGAUCGGUUUGAUCCUUUGCAAUGUGACAGUGAGAAAGGAGAAUUUGGWGGCUUUGGACCUGUGACUGGCAAAAUUGAGAUGGAGAUUAAAAUUAACCAUGAGGGUGAAGUGAACCGUGCCCGAUACAUGCCCCAGAAUCCCUGCAUCAUUGCCACAAAAACACCCUCUGCUGAUGUGCUGGUGUUUGACUACRCUAAACAUCCUGCAAAGCCAGACCCAAGUGGAGAGUGUAAUCCUGACCUUAGAUUAAGAGGACACCAGAAGGAAGGCUAUGGCUUAUCAUGGAAUUCAAAUUUGAGUGGACAUCUUCUCAGUGCAUCAGAUGAUCAUACGGUGUGUUUGUGGGAUAUAAGUGCUGGACCCAAAGAAGGCAAGAUUGUUGAUGCAAAAGCCAUCUUUACCGGACACUCUGCAGUUGUGGAAGACGUGGCAUGGCACCUGCUCCAUGAUUCUCUGUUUGGAUCUGUGGCAGAUGAUCAGAAGCUUAUGAUUUGGGACACGAGAUCUGAUGCCACAUCCAAGCCAAGUCACUCAGUAGAUGCUCACACAGCCGAGGUCAACUGUCUGUCCUUCAAUCCUUACAGCGAGUUCAUUCUGGCAACUGGCUCUGCUGACAAGACGGUGGCUCUAUGGGAUCUUCGAAACUUAAAGCUGAAACUCCAUUCUUUUCAGUCUCAUAAGGAUGAGAUUUUUCAGGUUUACUGGUCUCCUCAUAAUGAAACCAUUCUUGCUUCAAGUGGUACUGAUCGUCGGCUUAAUGUGUGGGAUCUAAGUAAAAUUGGAGAAGAGCAGUCUGCAGAGGAUGCAGAAGAUGGGCCUCCUGAGCUGYUGUUUAUUCAUGGAGGACACACUGCCAAAAUUUCAGACUUCAGYUGGAAUCCUAAUGAGCCUUGGGUAAUCUGUUCUGUAUCAGAGGACAACAUAAUGCAGAUAUGGCAAAUGGCUGAAAACAUUUACAAUGAUGAAGAACCUGAUAUASCAGCAGCCGAACUGGAGGGUCAAGGAAUGUAACUUUUCUUCCUCAAGGAACUACUGGGAAUCACAUAGUGAUAUAAUUCGACUACCGUAUACAGAAAAUAAAGUCCCCCCCCAAAAAAAACCAA